GCCUUUGAUAUCCUCGCUUUGGAAAAGCAACAGUUCCGCUUGUUUAACGACUGAAACAACCGCCUCUUUCCUUUUCUAAAAAAUGUCUUGCUUAGAACUGCUUUGACCUUAAACUCUCUCCAAUGCCUUAGCUGCGCAUUGCAGCUCAUCUUAUGCAUAUCUUGCCGGCAUUCACGAUCCCCCUUGCCCCUCCCCACCGAACCUCCGCGACCGCCUCGUCCUCGACGCCUAGACCGACAUCACGGCUUCCUUAACGGUUUUUUAACACGACAAGCCCGCCAUUCCACUCUCUGAAAUGGCUUCUCACGGUCACCCUAUGGCUCCGACUGCCCCUCGCCCGCAUCAGCCAGUAGUAUACGGUGCCCCGAUACCUAGUCAUGUGGCAACAGCCCCAGCUGGCACCUUCGCGCCUGGGACCAAGAUCCAGGUUGGCUCCCACCGGGUUGUCAUACAGAAAUACCUAUCAGAGGGUGGUUUUGCCCAUGUGUACCUGGUCAAGCUUCCAAAGCCCCUGGAUGGCACAGACUUGGCUGUCCUGAAAAGAGUUGCGGUUCCAGACAAGGAGGCCUUGAAGGGCAUGCGCACCGAAGUGGAAACAAUGAAGAGACUCAAGGGGCACCACCCGAUCGUGACCUAUAUCGACUCGCACGCGUCUGAGCUCCAUGGUGGCGGCUACGAGGUCUUCCUCUUGAUGGAAUACUGCAAUGGCGGCGGUCUGAUCGACUUCAUGAACACCCGACUCCAGCACCGGCUGACCGAACCCGAGAUCCUCCAAAUUUUUACAGAUGUCGCCGAGGGGGUUGCAUGCAUGCACUACCUCAAACCUCCGCUGCUGCACCGAGAUCUUAAAGUCGAGAACGUCUUGAUCUCGACUCAAGAUUCAAAAAGGCGGUUCAAGCUCUGCGACUUUGGGUCCACAGCACCUCCGAGACCUGCACCCCAGACUGUUGCGGAAUGUCGUCUCGUAGACGAGGAUGUGCAAAAGCAUACCACCCUCCAGUACCGGAGUCCCGAGAUGGUCGAUGUCUACAGAAAACAACCGAUAGAUGAGAAGUCCGAUAUCUGGGCUCUGGGUGUGCUGCUCUACAAGUUGUGUUAUUACACCACCCCGUUCGAGGACCAGGGGCAGCUUGCCAUCCUGAAUGCCAGUUACAGGUUUCACAGCCAUCCUGUCUUCUCGGACAGGCUCAAAAAACUAAUCGCGUCCCUGCUGCGUGAGAACCCGCAAUCCAGACCGAACAUUUACCAGGUCCUGCGAGAGGCAUGCGCCAUGCAGGGCCGAGAAGUUCCCAUCCCUGAUAUCUAUUCUGGGCGCACUUACCAGGAAAUCCGGUCUAGCGAGAAGCCUCACGCGACCGAGAAGCUGAACUCAAGCGCCGUUGUCGGUGCCGUCUUCGCUCCUCCUCGUAAGGAACAACAGACAAUCCCAGACAUUGUGCCCAUGAGGAGAGGCAGGCCGCCCUCUACUGCCCACCAAGCUACUCAACAACCUCAGAAGCCAACCCCCGUUUCUGUCCGUGUGACAAGUGGUGACCCUUUUGCCGCGCUGGAUUCUAAAUCCGCCGGUCAGGGAGAGACGGCAGCUGGCCCGUCUUCUCGGUUUCCUAGUCUUGAACAGUUCUCUCUGCUUCAUGACCAUGGUUCCAAAUUCAGCUUCGAUUCGCCUACUUCACCCCCGCUCAAACAGCAGGAUGAUUUGAAUCAGAAAGUAGCGCAACACUUGGCCGACGAAGCAUUUGCGAAACCACAGUCGACCCUUUCCACGUCCCCGAUACCUUCGAGGCCUCGCACAGUCGCUCCGACGGACGCUACCACCCAUCUGCCGUUGAAUGUGAAGCCUGCACCAUCGGCAACCGACUUGAAGAAGACCUUGUCUGCGCCACCAAAGACCGCGGAGAUGAGCCGAGCGUCUGCUAUCAUUACCAGCAACCCCGAGUUGCAGGCUAUCUCGAACCAUUCUACCCAGAACUACGUGUCCACGGGUACCAUGACGACCCCACCGCCCGAAGAGAAGCCGCGAGAAGCAAUGCCGCCCCCCAUUUGGCGGGUGCCGUCCCCAGACCGCCAACGGGCCACGAGUGCGCCGAGGCCUGGUAUGGAAGAGCCGAAUCUUCCCAAUAUUCCGCGUUUCGAGGAGAACCAGCCCGCUUCUAACCCUAGGAAUAUGUCCUCCCAAUAUCCGUCCUCUCAUAAACGGCAGCCUUCAUCCUCGCGACCAUCUCUCGAAGGGGCCCGACCCAGUGCAGAAUCCGUAGGACGACAGAGACCGGCUAGCACCCACCUCGAGUCCAGCAUUGAUUAUCUGCGCGAGCGGCAGAUGACAUCCAAACCAAUGGGCUCCUCUGGAUUCCCCUUAGCCAGAUACACCGACAAGACCCCCUCUCCCGCCGCCGGGCCCGAGGAUGAAAUCAACAUUGAAUCUAACGUUGAGUUUCUGCGAAGCUUGGAGGAGACCGGUGGGAAGAAGGACCGGAGCUCCUGGCACGUUAAACGACCUAGUACCAGCCUCUCGACGGGCUCCAAGAACAUCCUGACCGGGAAAUUUGGAGAGGCCUUCAAGCGGUUCGAGAGUCAUCAGCCACCCCCUGCGGCAUCCCGGACUCCGUCACCAGACAAAGAGUUUGACCGGCGCGAUCUGACUCCGAUUGCGGGAUCAGAGGCUACAGAUGGACGGAGUGAUGACGGACAAACGCAGGCCCAUGAUGAGAACAUGUCACCCGAGAUGCGGCGGGAAUUCGAACGGCAACAGCUGAUCCAGGAGGAAAGGCGUGUGGAGGCAGCACAGGCUGAGUACCGCCAGCGCAUGGCGACCAGGGCUCCGAUUUUGUCUGCCCGUCCAGCCCUCCCGCCGAAACCCGUCUCGAAAGCCAUCAGCAUCCAGCACCGAGUGCAGAGCUUGCUGGACGAUGGGCAGAAGUCUGAUCAGGUUCCGCGGACCGCCGAAGGUUACGGAGUUUAUUCGGACGCCGCCACGGCCGCUAGCCGUGUCGAGAAACCUCAGCCCACUACUUCCCGGAAGGCCAUCAACCGACCGGUCAUACCCCCAUCCAACAUGCAGGACGUUGGGGCGAUUAAGCCGAGCCAGCCUGCGGCGGAUCCUCCCCAAACGACGCCGCGUCUUGCCCAGGGGGCGAAACCGCCCGCACCUAAGAAGCCGGUCCACCUCAACAACCUUCCCACGGUUGGAGCUACUGCUCCUUACCCGCGCCAGGCACAAUAUGGCACAGAACAUCUAGUCGCAUUAGAGCUGUCGGGUCAGCCACUUCUAGACAUGACGGCUCAGGAGAAGAACGAUUAUAUCGAGAAUUUCUCGAAGCGGUUCCCCAGCUUGAGCUCCCUCGAGAUGGUGGAACGGGACAUCGAUGCCGAGGUCGAAGAUAGGCCUAGGAGGUAGAGAUUCUUUGGCCGUUAUCGUCGUCGCCGUCACGGUUCAGUACGGUUGGAGUAAGAUAUGUUUGCAUAUAGAACUGCUGGGCAGGGCCAACCAACAUCAUGAACAUUCAAACACAUUCGCUGCAUUGUCUAGUCGUAGUGUGAGCUUGGCCAAUACAUACGCAUACAUACAAUACACACAAAAUCACAUAUAAACAU